UAUGUGUAGCAGCGACACAAGAGAGGAGGACCCCAUCCCCGCUCCUUCGCAUUCCCAAAGCUGUUUCCUUUUCUCCUCCCUCCUCCUCUGCCUCUUCCUCCUCCUCUGGCUAAGCUAGGGUUUCGAUAAGGUACGCCUCUCUCUCUCUCUCUCUCUCUCGAUCCUAGUGGUGCGUCUAAUUAAUCGAUUUGGGUGGUGGGUUGUUAAUCCUUUACUUCGUAGAACCAAAUAGUAACUCUCUUGUGAAGGAAAUAGGGCAUUCGGUGGUAGAGAGGUGGUCGGUUUUAUCUUAUUUGUUUUGAGAUAUUUGCCUUGCUCUUUGGUGUAAUUACAAUUACAGAUCCUCGGAGUCAACUACCCAUGUCGCAAAUUAUGCUUUUUAGUUGAUUUGGUGGGGAUUUUUUAUUUUUUUUUUUAAUAGAUUUUAGAGUCGAAGUUGGUUCCGCAGGUCACAAUUGAAUUUACGAGGUCGAGGUGGGUUGUAGCUGUAGCAGUUGCAUAAAGAUUAGAUUUUUAUUAAGCUUUUAGGACCCAAUGGUUUUGGAUUCCCGGCUCCGCGAGUUGUCCGGCAUGUUCAGCGGCCUAACGUACGAUGAUCACUCCGCCGGAGAGAAUUCAAUGGCUAGAGUUAGAUUAAAUGAGUCCCAACCCUUCUUAGAUCAUAAUACCUACAAGAACUUCCCCCAAAUGGUCCCUGUUGCGAAUUCAAAUGGCGAUUUCUCGUCCAAUAUUUGCAAAUUUAAUGAGGGGGAUGGCCCCGAAGAUUGUGAGAUCAUAUCGGAUAUCGCCCUCAAUUACAUAAGCCGCAUGCUCAUGGAAGAAGACAUUGAUGAGAAGGUAAGCACUUACCAGGAAGAGGCGGCCCUUCGAGCUGCCGCGAAGCCCUUCUAUGACAUACUGGGCCAGAAGUUUCCGCCUUCGCCAGUGCGGCCGCCGCUCUUGGGAAGCCCUAAUGACAGCAGUAACAGCAAUUACGCGCACUCCGGUUGUUUUAGCGGAAGCAGCGGAGUGGCGGAUAAUUGUUGGUUUCAAGAUUCUACAAAUUACAAGCAAUCGCAGGCUUACCCUGUAUCAUUUGAUUACCGUUCUCAGCCUUCGAAAAGCUCCUCAAGCAACGGAAGUAAUGCAGUUGAAUCGUUCGAAGAGCCGUUGAUAACCUCAGGGCGGGUACCUGAGUUCUUGAUUGAGAGUCUUCCGGCUUGGCAGUUCCGGAAAGGAGUAGAGGAAGCUCAAAAGUUCCUCCCUAGUAGCGAUAAGCUGAUUAUCGAUUUAGAGGCUACUGGGAUCUCUUUCUGUCGGGAGUUGAGAAAGGGUAAUCAACGUGUCAACAAGGUAAAGGCGGAGGCGGGGGAGAAGGAAUCACCAAGUUUUACUUCCAAAGUUAGGAAGAACCCGAAUAGCGAAGACUUGGAUUUGAUGGAAGGGAGGAGCAACAAGCAAUUCGCCGUUUUCUCAGAGGAGCCCCUCCGGUCGGAGAUGUUCGAUAUGGUCCUACUUUGCCAAGGUGAGAAGUCCUCUAAGAAAGUUACUGAUCUGCAAGAGCUGAUGAAGAACGAAGCUAACAAGAGCAGCUCCGAGAAUGUCCAAACUAAAGGGUCGGCUGGCGGGGCAAGGCCGAGGGGAAGGAAGCAAAACAGGAAGGAGGUGGUGGAUUUGAGGACUCUCCUUAUCCAUUGCGCUCAGGCGGUAGCGGCUGACGAUCGCCGGACGGCCAACGAGCUUCUGAAACAGUUAAGGCAACACUCCUCGCCGAACGGGGAUGGGUCCCAGCGGCUGGCGUACUGCUUUGCCGACGGGCUUGAGGCCCGCUUAGCUGGCACGGGCAGCCAGAUCUAUCACAAGCUAGUGGCCAAACGGACAACGGCGACCGACAUGCUGAAGGCCUACCAUCUGUACCUCGCGGCAUGCCCGUUCAAGAAGGUCUCUCACUUCUUCUCCAACCAAACGAUCCUCAACGUGGCGGAGAAGGCCAAAAAGGUUCAUAUUAUAGAUUUCGGUAUCUUCUUUGGAUUCCAGUGGCCCUGCCUUAUUCAGCGGCUUUCCAAGAGGGAGGGCGGCCCCCCCAUGCUUCGGAUCACCGGUAUUGAUGUGCCCCAGCCGGGCUUCCGCCCUACAGAACGGAUCGAGGAAACUGGGCGGCGGCUGGCGGAGUACGCUAAGAAAUUCAAAGUACCUUUUGAAUAUCAAGCCAUUGCUUCAAAGUGGGAAACUAUUCGAGUUGAGGAUCUCAAAAUCAAUAAGGACGAGGUGCUUAUUGUGAACUGCUUAUAUCGAUUCAGGAAUCUUAUCGAUGAGACGGUGGCGGUGGACAGUCCCAGGAAUAGGGUCCUCAACACUAUAAGGCGAAUGAACCCCGAAGUCUUUAUUCACGGGAUUGUUAAUGGCUCGUAUAGUGCUCCUUUCUUUGUGACGAGAUUCAGAGAGGCUCUAUUCCACUUCUCUGCGUUGUUUGAUAUGCUCGAGACGAACGUGCCGCGGGAGAACGAGCAGAGGCUGCUUAUCGAAAGAGAUCUUUUUGGAAGAGAAGCCCUUAAUGUGAUAGCUUGCGAGGGGUCAGAAAGGGUGGAGAGGCCGGAGACCUACAAGCAGUGGCAAGUGAGGAACCUCAGGGCUGGGUUCGAGCAGCUGCCGUUGAAUCCGGAGAUCAUGAGAAAGGCGAAGGAGAAGUUGAGAACCAUUUACCACAAGGACUUUGUUAUCGAUGAGGAUAGCCGGUGGCUGCUGCAGGGCUGGAAGGGAAGGAUCAUCUACGCGGUCUCGACUUGGAAACCUAAUGUUUUAUAAACACAUAUAUGCAUGGGAAUGAUUCAAAUCCGCAAUUCGACCUCGGCUUACUUGACAUGAAGCUGUUAAGGGUUUCUGGGCCUGAUUCAGUAGGAGAGACACUGCACAGUGAGGUUCUUGGGACCUCAAAAGUCAUGGAUCUUUGGACUAACUUGAUCUGUAUGGUAGGCAAUGCUGGUUGUAUUAGCUGGUAAACAACAAAGCAGGUACUGUAAUGUGAUGAUCUAAUCUUAUCUACUAGAUGUGGGUAAUUUGAGAUCAAGCGAUUAUUAUGAAGAAUAGAGCUCUCAGUGAGUUAAUAGUUGCUCUAUACUGUAAACAGCAUAUUGAUGAUCCCUUCUUUUUUUUUUCUUUUUUUUUUUUUCCCUCUUUGGGAGGGGGGAGGCCAGGGGGGUGUCAAUGUUCUUUUGCUCUAUAAAUAGCUAGUUUUUGCAUCAUCCUGUCAUUUGGAUAA